AGCAAAUAGGGAGAGUUUAUUUUUCUUUCACAGGUCAUGAGGCCAGUUAAUGAUUAGUGUGGGUGGGUGUUUGGUCUUCAAAACUCUGAGAGGCUGGGCUCUGUGAGCUCUCUGGCAUUAAGGGGUCACCCUGCCCCGAGCUCUGAGCCUUCCGGCUCAGCGAUGUCCCCAGGCCUCUGGGAGAGGUGCUGCUGGGCGUGGGGCCUCCUUCUGUGGCUCCGUGUUGGAAGUGCAGGAGAUGCACCUCCUACCCAACUGCCAGAGUGCACUGACUUCCAGAACGCCAAUCUCCUCCGAGGCACCAAUCUCAAAGUCCGGUUUCUCCUCUUCACCCCUUCGCAUCCUAGCUGUGGGCAGCUGGUUGAAGAAAGUAGUGACAUCCAAAACUCUGGGUUCAAUGUCACUCUGGGAACCAAACUAAUUAUCCAUGGAUUCAGAGCUUUAGGAACAAAGCCUUCCUGGAUCAAUAAAUUCAUUGAGGCCCUUCUGCGGGCAGCGGAUGCGAACGUGAUUGCCGUGGACUGGGUUUACGGCUCUACAGCGGCCUACUACUCGGCCGUGGAAAAUGUGGUCAAGCUGGGACUCGAGAUCUCUCGUUUCCUCAGUAAACUCCUGGUGCUGGGUGUAUCGAAGUCCUCCGUCCACAUCAUUGGUGUCAGCCUAGGGGCCCACGUUGGGGGCAUGGUGGGACAUUUCUACAAAGGCCAGUUGGGACGGAUCACAGGUCUGGACCCCGCUGGACCAGAGUACACCAGAGCCAGCCUGGAGGAGCGCCUGGAUGCUGGAGACGCCCUCUUCGUGGAAGCCAUCCACACAGACACGGACAAUCUGGGUAUUCGCAUUCCUGUCGGACAUGUGGACUACUUCGUCAACGGAGGCCAAGACCAGCCCGGCUGUCCCAGCUUCAUUCAUGCAGGCUACAGUUAUCUGAUCUGUGAUCACAUGAGGGCUGUGCACCUUUACAUCAGCGCCCUGGAGAAUUCCUGUCCGUUGAUGGCCUUUCCCUGUGCCAGCUACAAGGCUUUCCUUGCUGGACAUUGUCUGGAUUGUUUUAACCCUUUUCUGCUUUCCUGUCCAAGGAUCGGGCUGGUGGAACAAGAUGGUGUCAAGAUAGAGCCACUUCCCAAGGAAGUGAAAGUCUACCUUCUGACUUCUUCCAAGGCUCCAUACUGUGGUGAGAUGGGGGAAAAUACAUGGCUCAGCUCUGCGAGUGUGCCAUCCAGCAGAAUCCAGGGCUCCAACUUAGGCUGUAUCCACCUCAGCAUGGCGGCCAAGUGCAUCACAGCCUCGUGGAGUUUUACUUGCAGGAGCCGAGAAACAAGGACACCAGCAUCGCGGUCACCUUUCUUAGCGGCAAUGUCACCUCUUCGGUCAAGAUCACCAUGUACACCUAGACAGCAACACCAGGGGAAAGGAGUCAUAGUUCACCCCAACCCGCAGUGCCAGAUCAACCAAGUGAAAUUCAAGUUUCAGGCUUCCAACCGAGUUUGGAAAAAAGACCAGACUAUCAUUGUUGGGAGGUUCUGCACUGCCCCUUUGCCUGUCCAUGACAAUAAAAGGAUGGUCUGCUUACCUGAGCCAGUGAGCUUACAAGCAAGUGUGACUGCUUCUCACGACCUGAAAAUGACAUGUGGAUAGUCUAAGCCUGGCCAGGAUCCAUCUCCCUGGAUUUCAGAGUGGGAGGAGUUUAACUUAUUCUAGGUCAUCACUACUGAGAAGGAGGGCAAAGCUCUUGCUUAUUUUCUGCAUAAUUAGCCACUUUAGAGGGGAGAAAGCAUUCAUUUUAGGGUUUUGCCUCCAUUGCCAAUUUGAAGAGGCGUCCAAGGAUAACAUUUCAGCUUUCCUGUUCAUAUCGAACUGCAAUUGCCCCAUAUCGUUGGGCAUCUGUACCUAAGAUUCACUAGAAACAUACACAGGGGAAGUGCUUUUUAAAAAGAAUAAAACUCCAUGGAAUAUCUGAA